GCCCCGCCCAAUGGGCGUGGCCAGUGUGCGUGACGCAGAGCCUGAGUGCGCAUGACAGGUAGUGACUUUGGGUCUCUGCUGUAUAGGGAAGCAAAGGGAGGCUAGUAAAGCAAGUAAAUUAUUCUAACAAUGGCCGAAGUCGAGGAAACACUGAAACGGAUCCAGACCCAAAAGGGAGUUCAGGGGAUCAUCAUCGUCACAGCAGAAGGAAUCCCCAUCAGAAGCACUCUGGACAACGCCAGUACUGUUCAGUAUGCCGGCCUCAUCCAGCAGCUGGUGAUGAAAGCACGGGUAACAGUGAGGGAAAUGGACCCCCAGAAUGACCUCACCUUCCUCAGGAUCCGCUCCAAGAAAAAUGAGAUCAUGAUUGCUCCAGAUAAGGAUUAUUUCCUCAUUGUGAUUCAAAAUCCGACUGACUGAACACAACCCAUUAUCCUUUUUAAAUACAUAUUAAAUACUAUUAUUAUUAUUAUUAUUAUUAUUAUUUUUAUGUUUAUGUUGCAGAUACUUUAGGAACACUACCUGAAAAUAGAGGUUUUCUUCAUGGUCAAGAUCCUUUGGAAGUUUUGACAGUGUCUGUGGAAGCUUCAAGCUGAUGUACAUUUAAACCCAUAGUUCUAGUGCCAUUUCUUUAAAUAAAUCUCAAAUGUUAUUAGUUGAUCUUCAUUGACUUCACUUUAUUGUAAAGCAUACAUCAUAUUAUGAAGAUAUGAAAUAUUCAGUUUAUACAUACUUUUAGGCUUUUGGUUUUUAUAAUGAAAAUUCAUUUAAUUCUAACCCCAAGAUUAACUAUUGUCCUUCCUGCACCCUGUUCUUUAUUUGACCAUCAGUAAUAUAAAGACUGUUGUACCAUUCUUUGUAAAUCAAACCUUUCCACAUUUUUAAUUGGGCAUUUGCAGAAUAGUCCAGACUGCAGUGAUUGUGUCUGAUUUAAACCUUUUGUUGACGUGCUUCUAGUGACAUUAGGCAUAAUUUUGUAUUGUUACUGAUUAUUUUGUACUGUUACAGAAAUCACUGACCCAUUGUAAAUAUACUCUGGAGUACUAAUACUAUUUCAUAAUCAUAAUACGCAUCACCUUGAAUAUAAAUCCCUUGUUUUCUUAACAUUCUUUUGAAAGAUUAUUGAUAAUGAUUAAAUAAAUGCAGGAACUUGGCCCUCA